AUGGGACUGGUCAGGAUUGCUGCCUUGAAUCUCUUCAUUUUUCUUGUGAGCGGUGAAAGUGAAAAUGAUGGCAUCACAUGUAAUCCCAACAUCACAAUCAAAGGUGGGAGGAUCACACUGUCCAAUGGUGGGGAAGUUGGGAGCAUCUUAAGGUUCAUUUGUCCCUUCGGGUUUUAUGCAUAUCCAGUACCAAGCCAGACCUGCAGAAGAAAUGGCCAAUGGAGUUUAAUGAGAAAUGACCAUGGACGGAUCAUUUCAAAGGCAGAAUGCAGAGCAUUCAAAUGCCCGACGCCUUCGAUUGAACAAGGAGCAUUCUUUCCAAUCAGCGUGUCAUAUGCCGUGGGUGACACUGUCAGCUUCGAGUGUGAUGAUGGAUACAGCCUAUGGGGCUCAAAGAACAGAACCUGCCUGAUCAAUGGAAGAUGGAAUGGGACCACAGCCAUAUGCCAGGGUGGAUUGGACUCUUGUCCUAAUCCUGGCAUUCCAGCAGGAAGCUCGAAAUCUGGGACUAACUAUGGCUUCAACGACAAGGUCAAAUACCUGUGCCUCCACGAUCUUGUUCUGAUUGGUUCAAAUGAGAGGAUCUGCCUGGAAACUGGCGAAUGGAGUGGAUCGGAGCCUGUGUGUCAGCACAUAUAUUCCUUUGACCUGCCAGAGGAAGUGGCUUCUCAUUUCUCCGCCUCAUUUUCACGCUUUCUGAGUGAGUCAAAGAUUAACUCCGAGGCUAAGGAGCAAAAUCACAGCCACGGCAGGAAACUCAUACUGGGGCAAAAUCAGAAGCUUCAUAUUUACAUUCUGCUUGAUGUUUCUGGAAGCAUUACAAAAGAGGAUUUUCAGAACUCCGUUGCUGCUGUGACCCAAUUUGUCACCAUGAUCAAACAGUUUGAAGUUGGGGUCAGUUAUGGACUGGUGAUGUUUGGCUCUCGGACACAUGUGGAGAUCAAUAUUGCUCAUGAUGAUGUGAGCGACUCUGAUUCUGUUCUCCAAGUACUGCCUAUUCUUAAAUAUGAAGACGUCACAAAGUACAGCAAUGCGGGAACAAACAUGACCGGAGCUUUGAAAACAGUUCUUGAAAUGAUGGUUCUGCAGAAGGCAGCAAUGAAGAACCACCAGGUAGAAUGGAGGGAUGUCCGACACGCCAUCCUGAUCUUCACUGAUGGGAGGAACAACGUGGGAGGAAACCCCAAACCGAUGAUGGAUCGCAUUCGGCAGUUCCUGGACAUUGAGAAUGUUGGAGAAGACUUUCUCGAUGUCUACGUGUUUGGGCUUGGCAGUGACAUUUACAAAAAGGAGCUGAACUCAAUCGCAUCUCAGAAGAAUAACGAGAAGCACUUGUUUUUCAUGCAGAAGGAUGAGCUAACAACUGUCUUCAACUCGAUGCUGGAUCUUACUUCAGUAGGAAGCCUGUGUGGUUUCGCCAAUAAAAGUUUAACUGCAAGCGAUCAGAGUUCCUACCCGUGGUAUGCAGAAAUUCGCAGUAAUGAAAAUCCGGACUUUCGGUGUUCUGGAUCCAUUAUAGGAGAGCAAUGGAUCCUAACAGCAGCCCAUUGCUUCGAAUAUUUGCCUGAAGGAAACACUGACAGCAGAGUCAUUUUUGUUGGAGCUUCCAAUACGAAGGUACAACUCGAAAUAGACAGAGUCAUAAUUCACCCAAACUACAACCUGACUGGGAAGGUGGAGAUGGGCAUCCAGGAGUUUUACGAUUAUGAUAUUGCCUUGGUUAAGAUAAAGUCAAAAUUGAACUUCUCAACAUUCAUCAGACCGAUUUGCCUGCCAUGCACAGUGGACACCAGUGUUGCUUUGAGGAUAUCUCAGACCAAACCAACUUGUGCUGAUCAUGAGAGAGAACUGCUCCCAACUUUGGGAGCUGUUGAAGCCAAGUUUAUUCAGAAAACUCGGACAUACGAACUGAAAAACGUGAAGAUAAAGACUGGUGCAUCGGAAAGAGCUUCAUGUGAGCAGGAUGCUAUCAAAGCUGCCAUCUAUGUUAACGUGAACAACGUCAAAGACGUGGUCACUGACCGCUUUCUAUGCACAGGAGGAAGUAGAAAGAAUCCUGAGGUCAUCAGCUGUAAGGGAGAUUCAGGAGGACCGUUGUACGUUCAGAAACUAUACCGAUAUAUUCAGGUGGGAAUCGUAAGCUGGGGAGUCGUGAACCUGUGUGAACAAUCCUAUCUACCAGACCAUGCCAGAGAUUUUCACAUCAAUUUGUUCAAGGUGAUGGACUGGUUGAAGCAGCACCUGGGCAACAGCACCAGAUUUCUGGACUAG